AUAUACAGAAAUUCAUAAUUAGAAAUCGCAAAACCAACUCCAGAAGAAAGAACUAACGCGAAAAUGCUUCUCACUAACCCUUCGAUGGCAGCAACUAAAAUCCCAGUUCUGAAACCCCAUAGAAACAACACAGCAAAAUCAAUGGCGACCAAUGCUAACAUGAGCAACAAUCGAAGAACAGCUGCACCCAUUUCUGCUCUUGAAUCCCGAGUUUCUCUCGUCUUCGCUCUCGCCGCUCAAACUUCGUCCGUCUCUCAACGCUUUUUGAUGGAGUUGGCGAGUGAGGCCACAAAGUACGUGUUUCCGAAUCGGAGGUUCGAGAGCAGGAGCUUCGAGGAAGCUUUGAUGUCUGUUCCGGAUAUCGAGACUGUCGAAUUCAAGGUCCUGAGACGGAACGACCAGUACGAAAUCAGAGAAGUCGAGUCGUACUUUAUAGCCGAGACGACAAUGCCUGGAAAGGGUGGAUUUGAUUUUGCCGGAUCAUCUCGAUCUUUCAAUGUUUUGGCUGAGUACUUGUUUGGUAAGAAUACGAAAGAGAAGCAAAUGGAGAUGACUACACCGGUUUUUACUCGUAGAAUAGAAUCCGAUGGGGAGAAAAUGGAUAUGACAACCCCGGUUAUAACUAGAAAGGUGGACGAUCAAGAUAAGUGGAAGAUGUCCUUUGUUAUGCCCUCAAAAUACGGUGCCAAUUUGCCAUUGCCGAAGGAUUCAUCUGUGACUAUUAAAGAGGUGCAGAAAAGGGUCGUUGCAGUUGUUGCAUUUUCAGGAUUUGUUACUGAUGAAGAAGUUGAACGCCGCGAGUCAACACUCAGGGGCUUAAUGAACAAUGACCCGGAAUUUCGCGUUAAAGAAGGCAUCUCCGUGGAAGUUGCACAGUACAAUCCGCCAUUUACACUGCCAUUCAGUCGUCGUAAUGAAAUUGCUCUUGAAGUUGAAAGGAAACGAGAAUAAUAGAUUCAACGUCAAAUAUAAAUAUCCGGUAAAUAUAUCAAGACAAUGCUCAUUUUCUUUUUAAAUGCAUAGCUACAAAUACAGCGUUGCUAGUUACUACUCUCUGUGCUGUACUAUGUGAUUCUAUUGUCUCGUAACGCUGUAUAUAUGUAUAUAACUAUAUGUACACAACAUAUAUACACACAUGUAUAUUUUAUAUAUGUUCAUAUAAAACAAUCAUGUUGUGCUCUUUUGGUGUGGACAUGUAAAUGUUUGCUGAA